CAUCUCAUACCACCUUCUUUCUCAUCACCUCAUUACAUCUCAUUCACACAACAGUCACUACUAUACAAUACUACCUUCUAAUAAUUCUUACGAUCUUUCCCACCGAAGUUAAUCAAACGCAAACAUGAAGUUCUUCGCUAUCAUCGCCGCUGCUCAGCUCGCCGCUGCUCUUCCUUUGGCCAAAGACGCCGAAGACACCAAGGCCUGCUCCGGAUCUGAUCUUACCUGCCAACUCGGACGUGUUGCCCCCAGGCUUCCAGCGAUCCCUGGAAUGAAGCGCACCUUGUUCGACGACCUCCUUGGCAAGCCCGAGAAGGAGGAGGAGAAGGAAGAUGAGAAGGAGGAGAAGCCUGAGAAGCCUGCUCACGAGGUCACUGACACCUACGGCGAGAUCAAGCCUGAGAUGGAGGAGACCUACGACGAGGUCAAGCCUGAGAUGGAGGAGACCUACGAGGCUAUUCCCGAGGCCACCGAAGAGUCUUCCGACGAGCUUGAGUCUUACGACGACCUCCUCUCCAAGAGGACUCUCGGCGACUUGUUCGGCAUGGAGGACUCUGAGGAGGAGGUAACCCCCGAGUUCGAAGACUCCUACGAGGAGGUCAAGCCUGAAGUCACCAGCUCCGCAUACGAGGCCGUCCCCAAGCCCAGCGAGGCCUACGGACACGCUGAGCCCAGCAAGGCUUACGGUGCCGUCCCUACCCCCAGCGAGGCCCAUGAACAUGCCGCUAAGCCCAGCGAGGCUUACGAGCAGGUUCCUGAGCCCAGCAAGGCUUACGGUGCGGUUCCCACUCCUAGCAAGGCUUACGGCGCUGUCCCAACCCCCAGCAAGGCUUACGAGCAUGUCCCCGAGCCCAGCAAGGCCUACGGCGCCGUCCCAACUCCCAGCAUGGUCCACGAGUACACCAAGCCCAGCAUGGUCCACGAGAUGAAGCCCACCCCUACCCAUGGCGCUUACGAGUCUGCCCCCACCCCCGCCAAGGACACCUACGAGUCUGCCCCCGUCGAGGACUCCUACGAGGAGAUGGACACUGAGGAGGACAGCGAGGGCAGCGACGACAUGGGUCUCGGUGACCUCACUGACAUCCUCGGUGGCAUCUAAGCCGCUCCGAUGAUUGCAGCCUAUGUGUGAUGCUACCAUCACCAUGAAAAUUUGGAUAGAAAAGUUGCGUUUGACUCUUCGUUUUCCAAGCAAGCCCUUACGGCUUCUUUCGUUUGUCAUAGCUCGCUCGAGCCCCCCCUUUGCAGUCGUUCUGGUUAGCCAGUCCGAAUGUGUACAUGUACUCAGACUAGUAUCUUCAAAAUUGCACUUAUUAUUACGCUAUCAUCCUGAGCCAAUACUGCGAAUUCCACUUUGACCACGUUCAAGACUUCAAAUCUAGUUCCAUCAUCGCUGCCAUCAGACUAGGUUCUUCACAGCAUAUAUCUUCUGUCAACGAGCUUUCGACCUUCG